AUGACCAAUUCUUCGUCCUUCGAAGGAUGUAUGGACAUCAAUGCCGACCUCGGUCCGUUUCAGUACUACACAUGGGGCAUCACGUCAAAUAUUAUUGCUGUUUCCGGCAUCCUCCUCAAUAUUCUCGCUAUAACAGUCCUGAGCCAACCGAGAAUGAGAUCCUCAACGGCAAUAUACCUUAUCUCCCUCGCAGUCUACGACAACAUCGUUCUUCUCUCGAUGAUUGUAAAUUUCGCCAUUCCGACUUUGGAGGUUGAUGCAUACUUUCUGGAUAUGUAUUUCUUCGUCUACAACUACAUCCAACCAAUUGCCUAUCCGAUCGCACUAAUUGCUCAGACGGGUACCAUUUAUACAACAGUUGGCUUCACUGUCGAGAGGUACGUCGCCGUGUGCCGACCCUUGCAGGCGGCUAAUAUAUGUACAACGUCGCGUUCGAAAAAGGCUGUCUUUUGCAUCUUCCUUGGCUCAGUUAUUUACAACAUCCCGCGUAUGUUUGAAUAUGAGACGGUGCUCGAGUGGGACGACCAGGUGAACAAGACACAGCCUAUCUACCGAGCGACAGAGUUGGGUCAGAAUAAGAUCUACAAAGAGGUCUAUUUUAUCUAUCUGAAUUUGCUAAUCAUGUUCUUCUUGCCUUUUACGCUGCUCGCUUACGUAAAUACCUGCCUCAUCAAUGCCAUUCGCACCUCCAGAGCUUCUAGGGUACAAAUGAGCUCAUCGGCCGUCAAGGAAAACAAUAUGACACUAAUGCUUGUUUCUGUUGUGGUCGUCUUCCUUGUGUGUCAGCUUCCGUCCAUCGCAGACAACAUCCUGUGGACGGCCUUGAACAGCUAUCAGCAGAGAUGCAACGCCACCUAUAUCAAAUUCACUACGAUCAGUAAUCUCAUGGUCAUUUUCAACUCGGCCUGUAACUUUGUACUUUACUGCCUGUUCGGCAAGAAAUUCAGGCGAGUCUUUUGCAAAGUAUUCUGCAGUCGUCUCAAGAGGUCAACUGUACGGUACCAAUUUCGGCCCGAAUCGGCCACGCUCGUAUGUCAUAUACGGGACAGUACAACAAAACUCUACCAUGUUAAAGGCAACCAUGAAAUGGAGAGCACAUCUGUCUAA